AUAAUAUAGGAAGAAAGAGGGAAAAACAAAAAGACUGCUUUUUUUAAUUUUCAAACUUCAAACCUUCAAAUCCCAUGUGCAUAAAUCUAUUCCACCUAUAUAAAACCUCUCCAAUUCACCAAACUCCAAUCAAUUUCUCUUCUUUUUUUCCAUUCAUCUCUCUAAAUUUUACUUUCAAAUCCAAAUUUCAAUCUGGGUUUUGGAGACUCGGGGGAACUAUGUACCAGACCACUAAAACAGAGUCCGAUUUUGGUUUCCUUGACCCAAUUCGCCGCCACUUAUUAGGUGAAUCGGAGAUUUCCGCCGCCACCGCCGCCGUCGCUCCCCUCGGCAGACCCACUCCCGUUUUCAGUCGGAGUGGUAGUUUUAGUAGCUUAAUUCCAUGUCUUGAAGACAAUUGGGGUGAUUUGCCUCUCAAGGUCGACGACUCCGAAGAUAUGAUGCUCGCCGCCGUUCUUCGGGACGCUGUCGGUGCCGGAUGGGUUCCAUCGCUAGGAAGUUGCGAUUUUGGGUUUCCGGAGGUGAAAACAGAGCCGGAGGUGAUUCCGGUGAGUUUCCCCGCGGUGUUACCGAAUGUGACGGUGAAGCCGACGGUGGUACCGGAGAAAGGGAAGCAUUAUAGAGGAGUGCGGCAACGGCCAUGGGGGAAAUUCGCGGCGGAGAUUCGAGACCCGGCGAAAAAUGGGGCUAGAGUUUGGCUUGGAACGUACGAGACGGCGGAGGAUGCAGCGUUGGCUUAUGAUCGAGCGGCUUACCGAAUGCGAGGAUCAAGGGCUUUGCUUAAUUUCCCCCUCCGUGUCAACUCCGGCGAGCCCGAACCAGUUCGGGUGACAUCGAAGCGAUCGUCGCCGGAGGUAUCUUCGUCGCCGAAGCGAAGAAAGAAAGUUGGGUCCGCCGUGGACAGUGUAGGAGUACAAGUGGAGCAACAAGUGGCAAGCUUUACACAUGGAGGACAGCUGUUUGUUAGCCAAUGCUAACAUUUUAGCCCAUAAAUAUCAUAAUCUCUUCUAUUUUUAUUUUCUAAUGAAAAAUGGUUUUAGAAAGA